CCCGCAGAUACAUCGUGCUCGCGUCCCUGCCAGCUGUCCCCGGUGCUGGGAAGCCGAGCUGCCCGUACCAUGCGCCCCGAGCCCCUGGCAGCAGUAUGACUGUAGCGCAGGUGAGCAGCAGGAAGAUGCAGUGCCCUUUGGAUAGCAGCAGCAGUAGCAGUAGCGCCGUUUCCACCGCAGGCACAGCUCUUCCCUCCCUGAGCAGGAGCCACAGUGUCCGGGAGCAGCAGGCGCAGCUGAAGCACAAACUCCGGGAGCUGCCUUCCCUGCUGAGGAGCGGCCUGACCCUAAGGAGAAGAAGCUCGGUGUAUGGACCGUCUCCCUCCUUAUCCGAAGCUGAGGACACGGCGGCAGCCACCGCCACCACUGUCCCGAGCGCACCAGAAAGAAUUUCAACUCUCUAUGGUGAUAAUCCGCCCCCCAAGUUGUGCGGAGAGAGCGUUGCGUGCGCUGGGAGAGCAUUACGGAACGCGCUGAGAAGUCAAGCACCGGAUCUAAUUCGGGAUCGCAUGUACCUCACCUGUAUCUGCAGGAAAUGUUGUGUGGGGUCUGAGCUGGUAGACUGGCUGUUGCAACAUUGCCCGUUUGUGCAGUGCCGGUAUACGGCGGCUGGGAUCUGGCAGACGUUGAUGAAACUGGGGAUUUUGAUUUCAGUGGACAAGCAGCUAAGUUUCCAGGACGCGUACGUUUUCUAUCAGUUCUCAUCUUCUGAGUGCACUGAGACGGCGUGUGAGUUUGGGAGAGACAAAGCCUGGCUGAUGGGUGUCCAUCUUUUAAAGCAACUUGCUCCCCUUGCUCCUUUAACAUCGAACAUAUGUGACAUGUCUGGUGAGAAACUAGAAAGCACAGCAGACGCAAAUAGCAAGAUACUACAAAUUCAGGCUCUCGCCCGGCUUACAUCUGCGGUGCAACGUGAGCUGGCUGCUGUUAUUGCUUUGAAGGCAAGAAAAUCUGUUUCAGAUGAAGAAGACUUUAACUGCCCCCAGCAGUCAAUUCCAGUGAAUGCUGAACAUUCACCAGUGGAGACAGAGGCCGGAGUAAUGUGCAAACUACACGGACGCGAAGAAUUAAGGCGCAUUGAUUUUGUCCAGAAGUUGGCCAGAGAUAACAACUUCUUGCCAUCGGCUACAAAGCAACUUGAUAAGAAACAGCCAGAUGAAGAAGACACGACUGUUCAAGUGAAGGAACAAGACCAAGAUGUUCUGGUGCUUAAGAAAGUGUCUUCGUCAGAGAGCCCAGCCCCCGCAGCAGGGAGUGGAGAGAGUGAUUGGAGGUACAUGGUGGUAUCGGGGACACCGGAAAAGAUUUUGGAGCAUCUGCUGAAUGACUUACACCUGGAUGAGGAGCAGGACAAAGACACAGAUACCCUCCUGGAUGACUUCCUCCUCACAUACACCGUCUUCAUGACAACCGAUGACUUUUGCCAAGCAUUGCUCAGACACUAUUGUGCUAAGAAAUAUGACGGCAAAGUAGAAAGCCCAGAGGCUCUGUGCACCAAACGCAAAGUCUUGCAUCUUGCCUCCCAGUGGACUGCUUUGUACAAAGAUUGGCUACACAAUGACGAGCAUUCAAAGCUGUUCCUAAAGACUCUCUAUCGCUACGUGCUGGAUGAUGUUUAUGAAUAUCCCACGCUAGAAAAAGAAUUAAAGGAAUUUCAAAGAGUGCUGCGAAUUCACCGUCGUCACACGGUUGAUGAAUACUCACCUCAUAGAAAGAAUAAAGCCCUCUUCCACCAAUUCAGCCUGAAGGAGAACUGGCUCCAACACAGAGGAAAUAUUAACGAAAUAGAGGAAAUUUUCUGCCGUGUCUACAUAACAGAUCAUUCCUACGUAAGCAUCAGAGCUAAAGUAUCCAGCUCUGUGCAGGAUAUAUUGAAGAUAGUGUGUGAAAGAAUUCAGCAACCAGAGGAAGACCUGGCUUUGGUCACUGUCACGUUCUCUGGGGAAAAACAUGAACUACUUCCAACAGAAAUGGCCCUUGUCAAGUCUCUGGAAUCAACCAGUCGCAUUUAUACUUACAGGAAAGCGGCUACACUGAAUCCUUUUGCAGAGAACGAGGAGACGCAGCACAGAUCAGUAAGGAUUCUCGGGAUGAACACCUGGGAUAUUGCUUUGGAAUUGACCAGCUUCGACUGGAGUCUCUUUAAUUCGAUUCACGAGCAAGAGCUUAUUUACUUCACGUUCAGCAGACAGGGGAAGAGUGAAAACACGCUGAACCUGAACCUGCUCCUUCAGAGAUGUAAUGAAGUCCAGCUCUGGGUGGCCACCGAGAUCCUGCUCUGUAACCAGCUGGUUAAACGAGUGCAGCUGGUUAAAAAGUUCAUCAAAAUCGCUGCUCACUGUAAAGCCCAGCGGAACUUGAACUCUUUCUUUGCCAUUAUAAUGGGUCUGAACACGGCAUCUGUAAGUCGGCUUUCUCAAACCUGGGAGAAAAUCCCAGGAAAGUUGAAGAAACUCUUCUCUGAGCUUGAAAGCCUGACGGAUCCGUCUCUGAAUCACAAAGCAUACCGAGAUACCUUUAAGAAAAUGAAGCCACCGAAAAUUCCCUUCAUGCCCUUGCUUCUCAAAGAUGUUACCUUCAUUCAUGAAGGAAAUAAAACGUUUUUGGACAACCUUGUAAAUUUUGAGAAGCUGCAUAUGAUAGCAGACACAGUGCGGUCACUUAGAUACUGCCGGAAUAACCAGUUUGGCAACGACAUUCCUCAGAAAGAACGUCUGGAGGCGAAGUUUUACACGCAUCACUUGCAUGUGAUCGACAACCAGCAGACGCUCUUUGAACUUUCGCACAGGAUAGAGCCACGGGCAUGAGUGCACAACAGACCCACAACAAGAGACUGCCGAUGCCAAGCAUGUUGCUUUACUGAGAAUAUUACUGAGUUUUAUCAGUAGUGGACAAAUCUAUGUGUAAAAAAAGACUUCAGUCCAGUCUUUGAAGAAAAUGGAUUUCAAGUUCUGUAACAUACACAGCCGUGGCUCCUCAACCUCCUGGAUGCUCUUCAUGAAACCACACAUGUAUACACUUUAUAGACUUUUGGAGUUAAUAGUUCAAACCAAGCAAAGUAGCCCUAACACUACUGUAAAUAUGUAGCCAGAUAUGUAGUUCUUGUUCUUGGGGCCAUGAUCUGAACUUCAAUACACAAGGUUCUAGUGGCCAAGUAGACUCAUUAUAAAUAAUGUUGUGGUAAAUAUCUUACCAUUAAAUGUGCUUACAACAAGCUCAGAAGCUCCAUGAAAGGUCCUGCUGAGUCCAAUGCACAUUACAUUGAAAGUUAU